CACACUUCGAAGUGCAACACUCGUCCCACACUACACCUGAUACGCACGACCAAAGCUUCAUCCUAUAGGAUCGUAACCUCGCUUCUACCAGCAUCCGCGAGAAUAUAUAUAUCAGCAUUCACACACGUUACACACUACGUAAUCGACAUCUACACGCUAUCGCAAUCAUGGAACAGGACCAGUUUGGCGGACGCACCGACGACGAUCUGUUUUCUGACGACAUCGAACCCGUCGACGAGACCGCUACUCUGUCCGCACCGGCGCCAGUUUCCACCAGCCAUGUGCCCGCGCAGCCGGAACCAGCGCCAGCACCCGCCGCGCAACCACCAGCUGCCGCGCCGAAACCAGCGAGGUCGUCACUAGCACAAUCUCGCCACAAUCCCAACAUCCAGCUGAGCAAAUCUUCCCGUCAGGCCGCGAACAACAACAAUGGCAGCCACCGCUCCAAACCCGCCAAAUCUGAAACAAGCGACACGCCAUCUGCGGCAGACCCCUCCUCCCCUCCAACAACUAACCCCAAACCACUCCCGACCGGUCCGCGCGAACCCUCCUCCACGCCCCACACCACCAACAACAACAACAAUACCCCCGCAACCGCCACCACCAACACCAACAACACCGCCUCGGCUGUCUCGGCCGCCCGCCUCAACUCAGGCGCGAACCCGCGCCAGAAACUAACCGACGUCGAGCUCGCAGCGCGCAUGGAAAAGAUGCGGCUGCUCGCCGCCGAAAAGACGCGGCGGUUCGAGGAGGCGCAACGCGACGAGGCGCAGCAUGCCGUCGCUUACGCCAAGGGCAUGGAGGAGGCGCGCAAGCGGCGGGCGGAGGAGGCGGCUCGGCGCAAGAUCGCGGAGGAGGAGAGGAGGAAACUGGAGGAAGAGCGGGCGCGGAACAGGGAGAGGAAGUUGAAGGCUUUGGAGGGCAGGGAGAGGGAGGGGAGGCCUAGCGGACCUGCGCCGGCACUACCUCCCCCAAAGACGGCCGAUUUGAAGGCCGAAGACUUCCCUGCCCUGCCGUCGUCGACCGCUGCGCCAAAGAAGAUUGACACGGCGUGGGUGGCGAAACCAGGUGCUGCUGAGAUUCCCAUCUCCCCGCCGGUGGGCAAGUGGGACGAGGAAGUGGCUGCUAGUCUCGCGGCCAACCAGACCUGAACAUAGGAAAUGUGGUGAAGGGCUGAGUAGUGCAGAGCAGUUGUAAAGGGAAGAUGGAGCGCGAAUAUGGCAGUCGUACAGCAUUGGAGCCGCAGGGAACAUUUGGGGGGGCACCAAGUCUGUAUCGUCUGGCGCCUUAUGUCUGGUAUCAGUGCUUUCGGCCGCGGCCGGCGUGGGAUCCGCUUGCGGUGUGGUAUGCGAUGCAUGGGCUAGGGGACUGUUUGAGUAUGGGAAAUGAAGGGUAGAUUUUGGUAUAACCUUU